GUCAAGAUGCCGGUACGACUGACCAGGACCUUAACAAGACAAGAAGCCCUCAGAAGAGUUCUGAACAACAUCCAACUGAACUCCUGUGUGUGUCAGGGACUAGGCUACCGACCUGUGAACCCUGAUCACCAGACUACUAGCUGAGGGUCUCUUGUCACUAAACAUUUGCUGCUUCCCUUACUUCUCCUCACUUUCAACUCUCCCCGUUCUCUGAACUUUGACCUGAAGCUUCUAGACUCCCAGUUCUCUGAACGUUGACCUCAGGCCUCUAGACUCCUCGUUCAUUGAACUUUGACCUAAGGCCUCCAGACUCACGUUCUCUGAACAUCGACCUCAGGCCUCUAGACUCCCCAUUUCUCUCCCCCUAUUCUCCACUCCUGUCUGGUCAUGGCUCCGUCCCUGGCCACAGCAUUUGCCAGGCGGUGGUGGAUGGCGGUGACAGCCAUCAUAGAAAACCUGCUGUUCUCAGCUGUCCUGCUGGGCUGGGGAUCACUACUCAUCAUGCUCAAGUCUGAAGGCUACUACUCCUACAUGUGCAAUGGAGAAGGUAACCACACCUCCUCCUCCAACCUGUCUGUCCCCCUCCCCCCACCAGAGGGCGAUGAUGACUACAGUGAUUACUACUCUGAGGCAGAGGGUGUGGUGGGGUUAGGGGAUGGGGUAGAGAUGAGGCCCCUGGCCCCCCAGGACCCCAAUGGCCCUAUGAGGAUGAACGGCUGGCUCAUCUGUAAGGACCAGGAUGAGAUGUUGAACCUGGCCUUCACCGUGGGAUCAUUCCUUCUAUCAGCCAUCACUCUGCCGCUGGGCAUCGUCAUGGACAAAUAUGGACCGCGCAACCUACGACUGCUGGGCAGUGCCUGUUUCUCCUUCUCUUGUCUUCUCAUCGCCUACGGAGCAUACAACCCUGAUGAGCUGUCAAUCCUGAUCUUCAUCGCGCUGACAUUUAACGGCUUCGGAGGAAUGUGCAUGACCUUCACCUCCCUCACGCUCCCUAACAUGUUUGGUGAUCUGCGUUCUACAUUCAUUGCUCUGAUGAUUGGUUCCUAUGCCUCUUCUGCUGUCACCUUCCCUGGAGUCAAGGUGAUCUAUGACCUUGGUGUGACCUUCAUCACCAUCAUGGUUGUCUGGGCAGCGUGUUCCGGCCUCGUCUUCUUCAACUGCUUCUUCAACUGGCCCCUGGAACCUUUCCCUGGCCCCGAGGACAUGGACUAUAGUGUGAAGGUAAAGUUCAGUUGGCUGGGUUUUGACCAUAAGAUCACAGGGAAGCAGUUCUACCAUCAGGUGACCACGGUGGGGAAGCGUCUGAGUGUGAGCAACAGUCUGAAGCAGAGAGAGCUGGCCACUAAGGAAGGACACAAACUCUGUCUCUCAACCAUGGACCUGGAGGUCAGCAAAAGACCCAAUGAGGAAUCCCAGUCGUUCAUGCAGAGCAUCAUCAGCCCUCUCUUCAUCCUCUCUCUGGUCACCAUGUCCAUCACUCAGCUUCGUCUCAUCUUCUACAUGGGAGCCAUGAACAACAUCCUGGAGGCCCUCAGCGAUGGAGACCUCAACACUGUGGAGAGAAUGGAAGUUGUCAGUUUGUACUCCUCUAUCUUCGGCAUGCUGCAGCUACUAUGUCUGAUGACGACUCCAGUGAUUGGUCAGAUUAUGGACUGGAAGCUGAAGGACUGCGAAGAUGCAGAGGGGGAGGAGGAUCCGUGUAGCAAGGACCAGCUCAAGGCCAAGCCCAGAGACAGACAGAUCCAGAAGGUGACCAAUGCAAUGCGAGCGUUCAUCCUGACCAAUGUCCUAUUGGUGGGAUUCGGCAUCACCUGCCUGGUGCCCAACCUCCCACUGCAGAUCCUGUCAUUUGUCCUCCAUACUGUUGUGAGAGGGUUCAUCCACUCUGCAACCGGAGGUCUCUACGCUGCUGUGUAUCCGUCGUCUCAGUUUGGCAGUCUGACGGGGAUGCAGUCUCUGGUGUCUGCUCUGUUUGCUCUGUUCCAGCAGCCGCUCUUCAUGGCCAUGAUGGGUCCUCUGAAGGGAGACCCACUCUGGGUGAAUGUAGGCCUGUUGGGGGUCAGUAUGCUGGGCUUCCUGCUGCCUCUGUACCUGGUGUGUUUCAGACGCACACUGCACCGCCAGAUACAGGACAGAGACCAGGACUCCAAGAUAUACCUCAAGAUCAACGGGUCCAGCAAACCUGAAGCUUUCGUCUAGAAAAGGGAGAGAGGGAGAAGAGGGGAGAAGAGUGUUGCUCUACGUUGAAUCUGCAGAGGACACACACAUACACACAGAUAUCUACACACGCCCACACACACACUUUUGAAGAGACCCAUGUAAGAACUUCUCUUGUCAUGAAAACAUACUACCUUGGACACACACUAAGGACUGAAUAAGAGCAAGAACAAGAGAGAGGGGAGAGACUGAAAGGAAAGGUUUAUCAGCCCCCCCACUUCUUCUUCUCCUCUCCUCUCAUGUUCUCCUCUGUACACCUCUCAUGUUCUCCUCUGUUCUCCUCUCAUGUUCUCCUCUGUUCUCCUCUCAUGUUCUCCUCUGUUCACCUCUCAUGUUCUCCUCUGUUCUCCUCUCAUGUUCUCCUCUGUUCACCUAUCAUGUUCUCCUCUGUUCACCUCUCAUGUUCUCCUCUCAGUUCUCCUCUCAUGUUCUCCUCUCAGUUCUCCUUUCAUGUUCUCCUCUGUUCACCUCUCAUGUUCUCCUCUGUUCACCUCUCAUGUUCUCCUCUGUUCACCUCUCAUGUUCUCCUCUGUUCACCUCUCAUGUUCUCCUCUGUUCACCUCUCAUGUUCUCCUCUGUUCUCCUCUCAUGUUCUCCUCUGUUCACCUAUCAUGUUCUCCUCUGUUCUCCUCUCAUGUUCUCCUCUGUUCACCUCUCAUGUUCUCCUCUGUUCACCUAUCAUGUUCUCCUCUGUUCUCCUCUCAUGUUCUCCUCUGUUCACCUCUCAGUUCUCCUCUCAGUUCUCCUCUCUUCUCCCCUCCUCUCUCCUUUUCUCCCCUCUUCUCUUCACAUACAGUGCUCACUACCCCCUCCCCUCUCCUUUCUAGCUCUGAAAUGACAUCCUAUGCCUGGAUGUCCCACCUAGCUAUCUUAAGAUGGAUACACUACUGAGUUUGUAGAUGAUGCUCUGGGAGGAGUUCAGGGUUGGUAACCAUGGUGACAGACAGGACGGGUGGUGUUCUACAGUUGGUAACCAUGUUGAAGGACAGUGGGAGGUGUUCUAGGUUUAAGGACCAUGGUGACAGACAGGGUGGGAGGUGUUCUACAGUUGUUAACCAUGGUGACACAGGGUGGAUGGUGUUCUACAGUGGGUAACCAUGGUGACAGACAGUUGGAAGUGUUUUAGGGUUGAGGACCAUGGUGACAGACAGGGUCGGAGGUUUUCUACAGUUGGUAACCAUGGUGACAGACAGGGUGGGAGGUGUUCUACAGUUGGUAACCAUGGCGACAGACAAUCGGUGUGUCUCUAGAGCCAGGCGACCCACCAUUACGCACACCUGUCACCAUUGCGUUAAUUUACGCAAUAUUGGACUCACCUGGACUCACCUGGACUCCAUUACUUUGUUGAUUGCCCCUCUAUAUCUGUCUGCUCCUCAGUUUGUUCCCCGUGUCAGCAUUAUUGUUACUAUGUUUUUCCCUGUCCAGACGCUGUUCUUGUUUGUUUCUUGUCUGUUAUCCAUUAAAUGUUCACUUGCUGUACUUGC